ACAAAACUUAUACAUACAACACUGUCUUGGUCCAGUCUUCCCUGUCUCUCUCUCACCCUCUCCAUCUCUCUCCUACACCUGCUCUCUCUCUCUCUCUCUCUCUCUCAUCAAAACCCUAAAGAAAGAAGAUUGUACCUUCAUUGAUUUGUGUCACAAUUAAUCUCAAAGACCCAUCUCCCAAAUCUCUACAAAUAUAUGUACUUGUAUGUAUAGGGCUUGGUGAAGAUGGAUGUUCAGAGUCUUGCUAUUGUUCUUCAAGCUGCACUUAGUCCAAGGCCAGAUGAGAGGAAAGCAGCUGAACAAAGCCUCAAUCAGAUUCAGUAUGCACCUCAGCAUUUGGUUAGGAUGUUGCAAAUUAUUGUAGAUGGGAAUUGCGACAUUGCGGUACGACAAGUUGCAAGUAUACAUUUCAAGAACUUCAUUGCGAAAAACUGGUCCCCUCAUGAUUUAGGUGAGCAAUCAAAGAUCCUGCCUGCUGACAAAGAUUUGGUUCGGCAAAAUAUUCUUGUGUUUAUUGUCCAAGUACCACCUUUGCUGAGGGCACAGCUUGGUGAGUGCCUCAAGACAAUUAUACAUGCAGACUACCCAGAGCAAUGGCCAGCUCUUUUACAUUGGGUGAAACAUAAUCUGCAAAAUCAGCAAGUUUAUGGAGCUUUGUUUGUGUUGAGGAUCCUUUCUAGAAAAUAUGAGUUCAAGUCUGAUGAGGAGCGGGCUCCAGUUCAUUACAUUGUUCAAGAGACAUUCCCUAAUAUGCUGAUCAUAUUUAAUGGUCUUGUUCAAAUUGCCAGUCCUUCAAUAGAAGUUGCAGACUUGAUCAAGCUCAUCUGCAAAAUUUUUUGGUCUUGCAUAUAUUUGGAGAUUCCAAAGCAAUUAUUUGAAUCAAAUGCGUUCAAUGCUUGGAUGGUUCUUUUCCUAAAUAUAUUGGAGAGACCUGUACCUCUUGAAGGUCAACCAGCUGAUCCAGAGCUCAGAAAAUCAUGGGGUUGGUGGAAGGUCAAAAAGUGGACAGUUCACAUAUUAAAUCGUCUUUACACACGAUUUGGUGAUUUGAAGCUUCAAAACCCAGAAAACAGAGCUUUUGCCCAGAUGUUUCAAAAGAAUUAUGCUGGGAAGAUCUUAGAAUGCCAUUUAAAUUUGUUAAAUGUGAUCAGGGUUGGCGGUUAUCUUCCUGACAGAGUUACCAACCUUAUCUUGCAAUAUCUGAGCAACAGUGUUUCGAAGGGUACUAUGUACAAUCUGCUUCAACCAAGAAUGGAUAUCAUACUUUUUGAGAUAAUUUUUCCAUUAAUGUGCUUCAAUGACAAUGACCAAAAGCUUUGGGAUGAAGACCCACAUGAAUAUGUGAGGAAGGGUUAUGACAUAAUAGAGGAUUUAUACAGUCCCAGGACUGCUGCUAUGGAUUUCGUUAGUGAGUUGGUAAGAAAGCGUGGGAAAGAGAACCUUCAGAAGUUUAUACUAUACAUUGUCGAGAUUUUUAGAAGAUAUAAUGAUGCAGCUAUAGAACAUAAGCCCUAUAGACAGAAAGAUGGUGCCCUACUGGCAAUUGGAGCACUCUGUGAUAAACUGAAGCAAACAGAACCUUACAAGUCUGAGCUUGAGCGCAUGUUAGUGCAACAUGUUUUUCCCGAGUUCAACAGUCCUGUGGGUCAUCUUAGAGCCAAGGCGGCCUGGGUUGCUGGACAAUAUGCACAUAUUAACUUCUCAGACACAAACAAUUUCCGUAAAGCACUGCAAAGUGUUGUUGCUGGGAUGCGAGACCCAGAGCUUCCGGUUCGCGUAGACUCUGUUUUUGCAUUGCGUUCAUUUGUUGAAGCCUGCAAGGAUUUGGAUGAAAUUCGACCUAUUCUUCCACAGUUACUAGAUGAAUUUUUUAAGCUUAUGAAUGAAGUUGAGAAUGAGGAUCUUGUUUUUACUCUGGAGACCAUUGUGGACAAGUUUGGCGAAGAGAUGGCACCCUUUGCUCUUGGAUUGUGUCAGAAUCUGGCUGCUGCCUUUUGGAGGUGUAUGCAUACUGCUGAGGAUAAUGAUGAGGCUGAUGAUCCAGGUGCUUUGGCAGCAGUUGGAUGCUUGCGGGCCAUAAGCACAAUCCUUGAGUCGGUGAGCAGCCUUCCUCAGCUGUUUGUUAGCAUCGAGCCAACUUUACUUCCAAUAAUGCGUCGGAUGCUUACUACUGAUGGACAAGAGGUUUUUGAGGAAGUUCUAGAAAUUGUAUCAUAUAUGACUUUUUACUCGCCGACGAUAUCUAUGGACAUGUGGACUCUCUGGCCAUUGUUGAUGGAAGCUCUAUCUGACUGGGCUAUAGAUUUUUUUUCAAAUAUCCUGGUUCCUCUAGACAAUUUUAUAUCCAGGGGUACAAUGCAUUACCUCACUUGCAAGGAACCAGACUACCAGCAAAGUCUCUGGAAUGUGAUUUCAACUAUCAUGGUUGAUAAAAAUAUGGAGGACAAUGAUAUAGAGCCUGCACCGAAGCUCAUUGAAGUGGUGUUCCAGAACUGCAGGGAGCGGGUGGAUCACUGGGUUGAACCUUAUAUAAGAAUCACUGUGGAGCGGCUGCGUCGAACUGAGGGAGCAUAUCUCAAAUGUCUAUUGAUUCAAGUGAUUGCCAAUGCCCUUUACUACAAUGCUUCUUUGACGCUUAACAUACUGCAAAAACUUGGUGUCGCAACAGAAAUAUUUAAUCAUUGGUUCCAGAUGUUACAACAAACUAAAAGGAGUGGAGUACGAGUAAAUUUUAAGAGAGAACACGAUAAAAAGGUUUGCUGUCUGGGCUUAACAGCUUUGAUCACACUUCCUGUGGAUCAGUUACCCGGGGAGGCCUUGCAGCGUGUUUUCAGGGCCACUCUUGAUCUACUUGUUGCAUACAAAGAUCAAGUAGCAGAAGCUGCAAAGGAGGCAGAGGCUGAGCAUGAUGAUGAUAUGAAUGGCUUGCAGUCUGAUGAGGAAGAUGACGCAGAAUGGUCUGACAAAGAAAUGGGUGUUGAUGCUGAGAAUGGAGAUGAAGAUGAUAACAAAACACUUCAAAGAUUGGCUGCACAGGCGAGGGCUUUCCGUUCAAAUGAUGAAGACGAUGAUGAUACAGAUGAUGACUACAGUGAUGAUGAGGUACAGCAGUCACCAAUUGAUGAAGUUGACCCUUUUGUGUUCUUCGUGGAUUCAACCAAAGCUAUGCAAGCACGUGAUGAAACAAGAUUCCGGUCCCUUACACAAGCACUUGAUUCACAUAAUCAAGCACUAGCCAAUGCUGUUUUUCAGCAUGCCGAGCAGAGAAGAGUUGAGAUUGAGAAAGAUAAGUUGGAGAAAGCAUCACGAGUCGCACCUCCUUCAUGAUUUCUGUGGCACAAAGGGUUCUGUAACUCAUAUUUUGGGUUCCUUCUUUUUUUUCUUUGGCUUUCCAUUCAUCUAGAUAUACUGCGUAGCAAAAGAGUUGCGGCAAGCGUGGAUAGAGUUUUGUGUUGGUUCGCUAGUCACGAGUGUCUCAUUUACAAAUAUAAGAAAGAAUUUGGAACUUGGAAGGAUCAUGGUUCCCUAACCUGUGGUUUGAACAUCCAUCUUGUUCUGGCUACCGGGUAUUUUGUCCUUAUAGAAUGCUCUGUAGUUUAGGUUCAGUUUGUAUACGGGUCAAUUGCCCAUUCAAGGGGGUAUAGGGAUGGAUUAGGAAACCCUCUCAUUCAGCGUAAGAGAGGUUGCAUACCGAGAACGGUUUGUAUCGAUAUUCUUUGUUGGUACCAUAUAUUUGUUGUGGAGUUCCCAUUUAUUGGUUCCAAGCUGGAAAUUUAAGUCAUUGUAAUGCUUCGGAGGACCGGCAUGCUUUGCACUAAGAACACCAAUUUAUUGAGAUUUGGCUAUAUCAAUGAUAUGGGUUUUUUUAGUUC